AUUAAUACAAAUUCUCUCAAUUUUCCUACCCUCUUCUUCCCUCAAACUCUCUAUAUCUCCUCUUCUCUUCUAUUCCUCUCUAUUCCUUUCGGUUCACUUCCCAGAUCAUUACAAAUGGUAUCAGAACUCGUCUUUCCUGCGUCUCAAAUGGUGAAUUCGAAUAACCCGGAGCCCUUAUCCAUGGAGGCUAGAGUGUGUAAGCUAGAGGCUCAGGUGGUUGAAUUGGGCAUCGAAAUUGGUACACAAUCUCAUGCAACGGAAGAUUUGGUGAAGAAAUUAAGUGUUAAGAUCUCUAAUUUCAGAGAGGAGAUGUUCAAUUUUAGAGAUGAGUUGCUAGAGGCUAUGGGGCUUGACAGAUCUGCUUCUCCAAUGAUGAAUCCAGUACAGAGAAGGUCCACAGUCCAGAUACCUUCAAUUGUGAAUCCAAUACAGAGAAGCUCCACAGUCCAGGUACCUUCAAUAGCUCCCCAGCAAGAUCAGUUCUCUCCACCAAUGCUGCAACUUGAGGUUAGCAGAGACAAACCGAUUCCUCUAGUUCCGGAUGAAGAAUUAGGAAUCCCGCCGGAGAUUCAGAAGCGGUGAAGAUGAACCUAGGAGUUGAGGUAAUCAAUUGUGUUUCUCCUCAUUUGGUUCCUAAUGACACGCAUAAAAAUAGUCUACUAUCUCCUGAAGAAAUUUAUGUUGAAAUUUCUGCUCAAAAUGUGGUAUGCAUAAUGUGAUGAACUGUGAUGAAAUUGUUGGGCUGGAUUAUGAGAUUUUAGGUGGAAAGUUUUCAGGAAUGGACAUUGAUUUUGCACCUAUGGUAGGAAUGGUUUCAACUACUAUGGGGCUAGUGGUGAAGGUUGAUGUGAAAUCGUAUGUCGUACAUGUUGAUCCUAAAAUGCCAAUGUAUUAUGAAACUUAUAAUUGUGUUGAAUCUGUUGGAAUGGAUUAUGUGUGUUGGGUUAAAAAAUUUUCAAGGAUGAAUAUUGAUUUUGCCUUUCUUGUAAGAAUUGUUUUAACUAGUAUGAGGUGGGUGCUGCAAGUUGAAGUGGGACUGGAUGUCUUCUAUAGCAGUCCUAAAAUGCCAAGGUGCAGUGAAUUUAAUUUUGAUCCAGGUGGAAUUCUGCAGUGCAUGUCGAGGCCAAAGAGUACUGCUGCUGACGAUUUCGAGAGGCAUUUGCAGAUGAAGUACGGGCUUAUAGAGGUAACUAGCCUUGUUCAUAUUGAGCUCUAUAGCUUACGAUACUAUCCCUUGAUUUUGGAUGAGUUUAAUGAUACACUAGUGAGGAUGUUGCUUCUUGUUUAUGUGAUAUCAUCUGCUUUGACUAGGUAUGAUGGAGACAAAGGUGGUGGAAAAAGGUUUAAUGAGUUUGAAGGGUCUUUGAGUACAUUUAUUGGUGUACUUUGUGCUCUUAUUUGGACGAUUAGUUUGAAGUACUUCCAAUAGAACAGUAAAGUGUUUGUUAAAUAUGUAGCAGGGCUUCAAAAUAGAAAUACACUGCAUAAAGCUUCUAAUGGUCUAGUGUGGCAGAGGGUGAACAAUAAUUUUGCUUCUAAUUUGGAAAUAAAUGAAAGGGGUGAGCUAGUGUCACUGUUUAAUAUAUCACCCAAUGUCAUGAAUACGUAUGCAAAGCUUGUUAUUGGUGUAGUAUCAUUUGUUUUAGCUUCGUAUGAUGGAGACAAAGGAGGUGAGGAAAAGCUCAAUGACUUCAAUUUGGAGAGUCUUUGACUGCAAUUAUUGGAGUAAUCUGUGCUGUGGUUUGGACGAUUAAUGUGAAAUACUUUCUCUCUUGGGAGUUUGUGGAUGGAUGGCUUAGGAAUUUUGAGAAGUGCACUUAUUACUUUGAAAUUGUUGUUGCUGGGCUGCUAAGAAUGCUCUUGUUUGCAAAUUGCCCAAUGCUGAAAUGCUAGGUUGUACAUCAAUGGCUACCAAUUAGAUAUCAAUGGCUAAACUAGUUACCUUGAGUUCCAAGGCAAACAUUCUAAACUCAUCCAAUGUUAAGAGGUAACAUAUGAUUCUUUCGAGGGAAAACCACAAGAUUGGUCAUUAGUGAUGAUGGAUUUUAAUCUUCAAAUAAAUUGCAACGAUUACAGCUAUCUGCAAAGAUACUAAAAGUGGAAAAUUAGAGUAUUUUAUGAUCCCAGGAAUGCCUUCUCAGACAGCAUUGAAGUGCAUUCAAUGUCCAUUGCUGAUCCUUGGGGACAAGGAUCUGUUAGAGGGGAAGGUACUGUAACACCCCCGGCUCCUUAGUAGACUGAAUUUAGGAUUUCGUGAUUCAAA